GGAAGUCUCACAGUAGCAAAGUUCAAUGGAAGUUUUAACUCUGGCAAUUCCCAGGGUAGCACUGGCGUUCAGGUAUCGGUGGCCGAUUUCAUUUGCCCAGUCACUUAGGGCCCAUCGCCGGACGAGCAGUUCAUAUGCAGGUCAAUCGAAUCACAGCAACGCCACACCAAUGUGUUUCCACAUGCCCGGGCCCAAGCCUGGGACAAGCAAGUCCUCAUUCUAAGUUUGGUAUCUUGUAGUCAGAACAUAGCAGAUGCUGGAAAAGUCAAGACUUUCUUUCCGAGGCCCCGUGCCAUAAAACAGAGCUUGCUGCCACCCCCUUCCUUGGAAACACGUCUCCGCUCUGUAACCAUAUUCAUCAUGGCAACUAGUGUAAUCAACAACUUCCCCCCAUUCAACAACAACACGCACCAGCACCUCGAUAACUCUUUUUACUGGGAUGACUGGUAUCAGCAUAACCCGAGGUCAUCCAUACCCUUUGCAGCACCAACACACCCCGCCCUGGAACACAAGCUAUCACUAGAUCCGACACUGCAAUCCAUGAUAUCCUCGGUUGGCUUUGUCAAUCCAGACUGCCUACAAUCCCUGUCCACAGCAAGCACAAGCCCAGUCAGCUCUCAAAGUGCGGAAGACAACAGCUUCAUCCCGGCCGGCAGAACCAAGCGACGUAGGGCAAGCAAGGGCACCAACAAGCCUACCAGUCCCCAAUAUGUCGAGUAUCACGACGCCCUACACGAGGAACUUCACCACAAAGGUAUAGCUGAGCCUGUCAGACGAGAGCGCAAUCGCACAGCCGCAGCCAAAUGCCGUGCCAAAAGCAAGGCAGCAGAGGAAGUCCUGAAGGAGAAACAACAAAUCGAACGCGAGAGGAAUCAAGUAUUGCGAAAUGCUUUCGAUGAGCUGAGCAACGAGGUCCUGGCACUGAAACAUGAGCUACUCUGUCACUCAGCGUGCAAUCACCCGGUGAUUGACAAUUAUCUCAGGCAUAGCGCGGAUCAGAUUAGCAGAGGGAUGAGUCUCUCGUCAACUUCGACGCGAAGCAGCCCCAGGAUAAUCGACUGAUUUCGAGAGGCAGCUGUAUUUCAUUCAUACCAAUCAUGUUCAGGGAAAAGCGAUGGCGUUUAUAUUCCACGGCCUACGGGUUUCUGAUGUCAAUGGUGGCUUCCGUCAAUUGCCUGAAAUGAACUCGACAAGGUCGUUUUGCACUGGGUUCAUAAGGGCCGAGGACAACAGUUGUUUAUAGGUUAGCGGGCUACGU